AUGGAGGACGCCCAGGACGACGAUCAAUACUUCAAGUCAACCUUUGUACGUGUCGAUCCCUCCCAACCCAUCAAACUUCCGACCAAAGCUUUUGAUUUGGCAGGAUUUUACUGCCCUCCAUGUCUUGCUUUAGGACUCAUGACGCCUAUGAAGUACAUUUGCGUGAAAAAUUCUAUGUGGACCGUGGCGUGUGGGAUUACUCUACCCCCUCAGCAACCAGGUCAACCUAAGCCCAGAGGUCACUUUUAUUGGACUUGGGCACUUCCCCAGCUCGUAUAUGAGAUCGCGAUGACGAAUGCCGGUCACUGGCCUGUGGUUCCCUUCCCUCAACCCUCAAAGGCACCUUCAAAAGUGCCACGUUCCUCUGGUUCUGGUCAAUCAACGACAAAGCAAGGAGGAGUAUUGUGCACUGGUGUGGAGGCACGUUCCUCUUGUUGCAAAACGCACGGGGUUCAACAAUGUACAGCUAAACGCCACAACAAUCCUGCACCUGAACAGGCCCCACCCGCUGAACCCGAGAUGCCUCACCCAUUCAUGAAUAGAUCCGCACCGCAACCACCUGCAACAUCUCGGUCCCAGCCCACCUCAACUCUCUCAACUCACACCAAGCUUCCUCACCAAAGCGUGCAGACCGGUGGUCGAAUUGCUCAUACAUGCACCGCUCAACAACUUGCUGGCUUUAUUGAAAUGUGUUACCAGCGAGAUCAAGAGAUGUCAACCAUCAAACAGAUUGAGGCCAACGAGAACAAUGUCGUUAAUGUUAUUGCUUGGCUCAAAGCAGACGAGGAUCCUAGGACGCCGCACUUGCAGAAGGACUAUCUGUGGGCUAAUGGUCACAAACACUGGACAUAUGGUGCCCAAAGUUCAAAGGUUGGCAUUUUCGUCAAACUUCAGGGUAUUGAAUCAGAUAACUGCCCCCGGCUCAAUUGGUUCCUCUAUUCCACUUACACGAGUGAUGACCCCACUGCCUCCAACCCUCCAAGCCCCUCUUGCCCCUGUGUAGCGAGUACCAGUGAGACCAGUGGAAUUGACGCUUCGCCACCUGCACCGCGUGAAGAUGAAGACAGCAAACGUGAAGACAAAGUUAAUUAUGUUGGCAAAUUGAUCUCACAACCUGUGCCUUCAGUUUCACAACCACCUCCACCAAGCCCAAUGUUAUCUCAACCAGGCGCAAGGGUAACUGGCGCCACUUCUGUCGCAUCCCAACCCCAACCCAAACAGCCUGUCAUUCCACAUGUACAGCAGCAAACCUUUAAUCCACACGUCCAAGCUUGCUGGCCAGUACUUGAGGCCCCUGUGCAAGACUUGAAGGUGUGGAUCAACCUGACACGUACCACUAAGCUAAAUCGGAUGCAAGCAUGGAAAGUGUCAUUUGGCAAUCAAUCUAAACAAGUUGAAAGCACAAUACAUUGCUAUGGUUGA